AUGGAGCUUUCCUCCUGCAAAUCUCCAACUCUGCACACCAUAAUUAUCCUACCGCUGCUCGCCUUCACGUUAAUCUUCCUCCUCGCCUUCUCUCCUCAUCAUCGCCCUUUCAACACCAAAACUCCGCAGAACAUCGCCACACGCUGCACUACCGCUGCUAAUCUCAAUGCACCCCAAAGUAUCGGAGCUGAGAGCAGCGGCGAUCGUCUCAGGGCGACGAAGAAGAAGAGCUGUGAUAUCUUCGCCGGAGAAUGGGUUCCGAGCCCGGAGGCGCCAUAUUAUUACACGAACGAGACUUGGUACAGCAUUCAACCGCAUCAGAAUUGCAUGAAGUAUGGGCGGCCGGAUUCCGGGUACUUGAAGUGGCAGUGGAAGCCGGACGGGUGCGAGCUCCCGGUGUUUGAUCCUCGCCGGUUCUUGGAGCUUGUUAGGAACAAAUCUUUGGCGUUCGUCGGAGACUCCAUUGCCAGGAACCAUUUCCAGUCGCUUGUCUGCCUCUUAACUAGAGUUGCAUAUCCUGUGGAAAUUUCAAACAGUACAGACGAAAGCCGGAAACAUAUGUUAUACAAAGACUACAACUUCAGUGUGAGGGUGUUUUGGUCGCCCUAUUUGGUGAAGACAGGAACAACCUAUACUGAACUCAUUGAUUUAUACCUAGAUGAAUUGGAUGAAUCUUGGACCUCAGAAAUCUCCACCUUUGACUACGUCAUCAUCAGCGCCGCCCACUGGUUCUCCCGGCCGACCAAAUUCUACCUAGACGCCCAGCCCGUCGGCUGCCUGUACUGCCCAGAACCCAACCUUACCCACUUGACCGAACACUUCAGCUACAGGUGGGCUCUUAGGACAGCAUUAAGGGCGAUUAAUAGCUUGGAGAAUUUUAAGGGAGUGACGUUCUUGAGGUCUUUAGCCCCACAGCAUUUUGAAAACGGGGCUUUUGAUCAGGGUGGGGAAUGCGUGAGGAAAGAGCCGUUUAAGAGGAAUGACACGAUUCUGGGGAAGUUCAUCAAGAUAGAUAUGUAUGAUAUUCAGAAGCAAGAAUUUGCAGUUGCAGUGAAGGAAGGGAGAAGGGAAUUUAGAUGGUUUGAUGUAACACAGGCAAUGUUGUUGAGACCAGAUGGGCAUCCUAAUGGCUAUGGUCAUUGGCCCAAUCCAAACGUCACAAUGUAUAAUGACUGUUUGCAUUGGUGUUUGCCAGGGCCAAUUGAUACAUGGAAUGAUUUCUUGUGGGAGUUGCUGAAGAGGGAGAGGGAGGAUUAGGUUGGGAUUUCAAUCUAGUUAGUUCACUUUAUGGGGCUGUCAG